AGGGAUUUGGGGAUCCUGAGAAUAGCCUGAAAGUGUUGCAUGAGGAGCAGCUGAGGAGGAGGAGGAGUGAAGGGCUUGGAAAGGAGGCAGAGCUUGCAGGAGGCUGCAGAAGCCGACUGGGCCUAAUAACGAACAGGACUUUCCUGAGUCUUCAGGGGCAUCAUUGAGUCUGCAGCAGGGUGCAAGAGGACGGCGCUGCCUGAAGGACUGAACGUGUUCUUACACACACCCCGUGCCAGCCUGAAGGACUCUGGGCUGCUGCAUGCUUUGGCUAAAGAGCAAGAUUGGCCCCAAAGCUCUCAGCAACCAGUGAGUGUUGAGCUGGGGAAGAGGAAAGUUUCUCCUUGCCAUUCAGAUUGAACUUCUUUCCUUUCUACUCCUGUUUGCAAGGAGACCAAAGGGCCAGUUCAGAGGAUACUUUUCAAGGUAAAUGUUGGGAGAGGAAGAAUGAUAGAAACCCAAUGGAUGGAACUGCUCGAUGGGGAAAAAGGAAACAAGAGAGACUAAAAACUGGAGAAAACUGGGAGAAGAGGAAUGAAUUCAAUGCUUUUCAGCAUGUAAUCCAGCAAAUAAUACAGCAAGCAGGGGAAAGAAGCCUGUGUCCUCCGUGUAGGAAAAUCUCCUCUACUGAACCCAGCUUUCAAUCUUAGAAGGAAAUGAACGCAAGGAAGAAACCACAUAAAUGCCUGGAAUGUGGAAAGAGCUUCAGCACACGUGGAGAAUUUACUAUACACCACAGAACCCACACUAGGGAAAAACCACAUAAAUGCUUGGAGUGUGGAAAGAGCUUCAGCACAAGUGCACAUCUUAUUAUACACCAUAGAACCCACACUGGGGAGAAACCACAUAAAUGCCUGGAGUGUGGAAAGAGCUUCAGCCAGAGAGCACAUCUUACUGUACACUGUAGAACCCACACUGGGGAGAAACCACAUAAAUGCCCAGAGUGUGGAAAGAGCUUCAGUACAAGUGGAGAACUUAUUGUACACCACAGAACCCACACUGGGGAGAAACCACAUAAAUGCCUGGAGUGUGGAAAGAGCUUCAGUACAAGUGGAGAACUUAUUGUACACCACAGAACCCACACUGGGGAGAAACCACAUAAAUGCCUGGAGUGUGGAAAGAGCUUCAGCCGGAGAUCAAAUCUUAUUAUACACCAUAGAACCCACACUGGGGAGAAACCACAUAAAUGCCUGGAGUGUGGAAAGAGCUUCAGCCAGAGAUCACAUCUUAUUGUACACCAUAGAACUCACACUGGGGAGAAACCACAUAAAUGCCUGGAGUGUAGAAAGAGCUUCAGCACAAGUACAGAUCUUAUUAUACACCAUAGAACCCACACUGGGGAGAAACCACAUAAAUGCCUGGAGUGUGGAAAGAGCUUCAGCACAAGUACAGAUCUUAUUAUACACCAUAGAACCCACACUGGGGAGAAGCCACAUAAAUGCCUGGAGUGUGGAAAGAGCUUCAGCACAAGUAUAAAACUUACUAUACACCACAGAACCCACACUGGAGAAAAACCACAUAAAUGCCUGGAGUGUGGAAAGAGCUUCAGCACAAGUUCACAUCUUAUUGUACACCAUAGAACCCACACUGGGGAGAAACCACAUAAAUGCCUGGAGUGUGGAAAGAGCUUCAGCACAAGUACAAAUCUUAUUGUACACCAUAGAACCCACACUGGGGAGAAAUCACAUAAAUGCCUGGAGUGUGGAAAGAGCUUCAACCAGAGAGCACAUCUUAUUGUACACCACAGAACCCACACUGGGGAGAAGCCACAUAAAUGCCUGGAGUGUGGAAAGAGCUUCAGCACUAGUACACAUCUUACUCUACACCACAGAACUCACACUGGGGAGAAACCACAUAAAUGUUUGGAUUGUGGAAAGUGCUUCAGAACAAGUGGAUAUCUUAUUAAACAUAACAGAACCCACACUGGGGAGAAACCACAUAAAUAGUGUGGAAAGAGCUUCAGCCGGAUUGGAAAUCUGCAAACACACCAUGGAUUCCACACUGGGGAGAAACCACAUACAUGCUUGGAGUGUGGAAAAUGCUUCAGCCAGAGAGCACAUCUUACUGUACACCAUAGAACCCACUAGGGAUGUUCAUGAACCAGUCCGGAGGCCAUUCUAGAGGUGGUGCUUCAAAGGUGGUGCUAGCUCAAAGAUUCAGCGCCGGUGGUGUGGUAGUUCUUUAAGGUGAGUGGAGGGUGCACUUACCCCUCCCUCCACUUCCCCCCCUCUGGUCCUCCAUUUUUAGCAAAAACACAUGGAGCAGC